AUCACCGCACGUACUGUCAGCUGUUGUUCACCUGCGUCUAUACGUUUUCGCACCUGUGGACGUUGCCGCGGUGACGAGCGUGGCAUCAUAAUGGCAGCGAUUGAAAUAUUUUCGAGCUCCGUCACUUACAAAUACAAGAGCAAGAUAUAUUCCUGCACCUCGAUCGUCGUCUUUGUGUUUAUCGUGCUAUCUCUGCUUUCGCCACUUUUUAUAAUCUAUAAUGCUGGGGGCAUCUGGAUGAGAAAUCGGAUGCAUGCGGAAACGCCGGACGUGCAUUUCGAGUAUAAAUAUCUGCUGCUCGCGGAAGUGGAUCCUUACGAAGAGCCCAUCGUGUGUUCCACCUUUACAACGUACAAAGAGAACGAGAUCAAAGAUCAUUGUACACUAAUCAAGGUACAAGAGAACGAUGUAAACGGCGAUGGACAGAAGGAUUCGUUGAAGUUUGAAGCUUAUUUUUACACGGACAAACCAGUAAAAUCUCUGAGACUCUUGUUGUUUUUCAAUUUUCAGUUAAAGCACCUUAUUCAAGCGGCGAUAGAAUCUAUCGGUGUGUUUGAUCAGGUGUUAAGCCACGGGGUUCAAGAGAUACGGUUCUUCGGUGAUUUGGAGCUACGGCAGAAGGGACUUUUGCGUAGCGAAGGUCUCUACGAAAUGUACAACCACAGCAUACAGCUAUCCGAUUAUUCUCUACCUGAACUGCUGUUGCACAAUUUCAAUCGAAAAUUUUCAGCCAGAAUCACAAACGAGCGAGUAACGUGGCGGACCGGCUUCUCUAGCGACGAAGCGGUGGCCGUCAUCGGCGAAUUGUUUUACGUGGAAAAUUUUAUUUACUAUCAGCCGAGUGUGUGGGAGGAAUUGAAAUGGGCAUGGAUCCAAUAUCUGUCGUGUCUGCUUGUUUUCGCAUAUAUGGCCAAGCACAUUCUAGUGUUUCUAUUUACUAACAGAUACCUAAACACGUAUAUCGUAAGACCGUGGGCGAAUAUAUAUAUAACUAAAGAGAGACACGGUAUUUUAACCAUGUCCACGAAAUCGAAGGAGAAGGUCAUAGCCGCUAUCAGGAAGCUCUUCCGCCCCUCCGAUAAGAUCGCGGAGCCGGAGGGAGCCAGUGGCUCGACCAAUUCGCCGUCAAGGAGACUCCUGAGUCGUCAUCAUCGUCCAGAUGUCGUCACUCCGGUGGAUGGUCCGAUACCGGAGAAUCCAGAUCCCACUCAUGUCGAUCGUAACUGUUUCUUCAAGAUGAAAAAGUCCGUAAAGGACAAUAACGAAUACAAGGCCGUCAACGACAAGGACGUAGGACUGCGUCGACUGAUGAAGGAAUUCAACAGAAUUCAGAGGGCACAGCGCCAUGGUGACUCGGCCUUUACCGCCGAACUUGUCAACGACAAUGUCUUCGAGUGGUCUGUCCGGUUGCACAAGAUCGACCCGGACAGUAGACUGGCGGCCGACAUGCGUGAGCUGAAGAUACCUCAUAUACUAUUGAAUGUGAUCUUUCCAAAGGAAUUCCCAUUUGCGCCACCUUUCAUGAGGGUGAUCUCGCCAAGGAUCGAGCAAGGUUUCGUGAUGCAUGGCGGUGCUAUCUGCAUGGAACUCCUUACGCCGAGAGGAUGGUGUUGUGCAUAUAGUGUCGAGUCAAUGAUCAUGCAAUUCGCGGCUAGCGUUGUGAAAGGACAGGCACAGGUGUCGAGAAAGUCGAAACCGAAUAAGGAGUACAAUCGACAAUUAGCCGAGGAAACAUUCAAGAACCUGGUGAAAACGCACGAGAAAUACGGUUGGGUGACGCCGCCGCUCGCCGAAGGCUGAUCUUAGAAUAUAUUAUCGUCCAGAGCCGAAAGAGAUCCGCGUUUCUUGCUUAAAAAGAGGCGCACGAACCGACAUGAUUCUUUAUUCGAUUUUUCCGGAAAUGCCGACAGUGAUUUCUUUUCGUUCCGUCAAGAAAUCCACGUGUAAUUUCGUCAUCGCGAAUAUACACAUGCAGCCAGAAAGGAAUUCGUCGAGUUCGUCGAAUAAACAAAAUGCGCGCGUAAGUUUUCUUUGAACAUUUUCACACAUUUUUCGACUUUUGUAAUAAAUGCGUAGGGACUGAAAAAAAGACAAGAGAUUCCUUGAGAUUGUUAAAAAAUUUUCCAAUUUUUCGCUUAUUUUUAUAACGCGGAAAUAAGUACAAAUCGCAAAAAUAGUUUUAACUGUGUUUAUAUUAAAGACAUGGCGUUGCAAAGAGAUGCUGGAAAAAAAGUUUGUGAAAAUUUUAAAACUUUUUUAAGUCCCUAUGUUUAUACAAUUACGCCAAAUUAGUUAUUAAGACGAAUAUGAAACCGUUACAAUGUUAUCUGUGCUUGUCGAAUCGGUAAGUUUGCAAGACUUAUCCUUCAAAUACCGGAAGCUCAUAACAAGGUACUUUGUUUCAUUCAACUUUAAACAUAAAUAUAGAAGAAAUGAGAAAAAGAUUGCUCAAUAAUGUAUACUGAAUUGUUAAAUGUGCCCAAUUAUAUAUAUAUACACAACAAUCGAGGAGCCGAUAAAAUAUGUAAAUACAAACAACGAAAAUAGUAGACAUAGCGUUGCAAGUUUCUUCGCUUUAAUAAAGUUUAGUUCCAGUUUGUAUCAAUAAUUUAAAGAGAAGAAUAUUUCCGUGAAAAUUCUUCCGUGGAAACAGAAGUCUUGAUUAUGAGCUUCUACAAUAUAAAUUUAUUUCUUUUUUUAAUACUAUCCGUUAUGUACAAAUGAUUUUCGAUAUGUUUCUUCAUCCAAUCGAUCGCAAAAGUCUUUAAAAUAUAUAGUCAUUAUGUUGGACAUAUAUUGGUAUGUGCCAAAUAAAUAUACAAUUAAUUUAAAGUAUUAAUAUCUUUUUGCAAAAUUUUAAAUUGAUAUUUAAUCGCGAAGGUUCGCGCGACCAUCUAAACGCAUAUAGCAAGAAAUUAUACAUGGUGUUAUGAAGAUCUAGAUAACAAGAGACUCUCAAUUGUCCAAACAGUCAACUUUAAUGUGAUGCUGAGAAAUAAUAAUAUUUGUAUAAGAUUUUGAAAAGUAAAAAUGCAAGGAAGAGUGAGACAAAAGUUAAAUACAAAUAAAAUAUUUACAAAUAUGUGCGAGAAACUGUUAUUAAUCUUUUUGGCGUAUACGUUAAAUGUACUUUUGGCCUAUUUACCGUACACUUUAUCGUACAGAAGUUCGACGACCCAGGUAUAUAUACCGUAUUUCUUUUCUACCAGUCAGAUUAUCACAUAUCAUGUUUAGAAAUUUAGGAAAUAACAAACAAGAAACUGCAAUACGAAUCUCUCCUUUAUUUCUGCGUUAGCAGCUUAUAAAUUAUAAUUGCAAGUUAUUAUACUUUAAAGCGAUUUUUACAACACCGUUUUAUCAAAUCUGUUGAAAUAAAGUUAAUAUUCAAAAA